UGCCCAGGGAAGCAGGAGUUCGUGAAGCGCUUCGUCUGCUACUACGGCAGCUGGGCCUACUACCGCCCCGGCGAUGGCAAGUACGACAUCGGCGACAUCGACCCCUACCUCUGCACCCACAUCGUCUUCGGCUUCGCGGCGCUCAACAACGAGACCUACACCAUCAUGGCCUACGACCCGUGGUUCGACAUCGACCUGGAGGGCUACAAGCGGUUCAACGACCUGAGGCUGCUGAACCCGAAUCUGAAGACGAUCCUGGCCGUCGGAGGUUGGAACGAGGGGUCGGAGAAGUAUUCAUUCAUGGCAGCCGACCCGGAGUUGAGGGCCGGAUUCGUGCAGAGCUGCAAGGAGUUCGUCCUCCUGUACGACUUCGACGGACUGGACCUGGACUGGGAGUACCCUUCCAUGCGAGGCGGGAGCGACGAGGAUAGGUUGAACUACGCCGCCCUGGUGCGCGAGAUGCGAAUCGCCUUCGACGAUACCGACCUCCUCCUCACCACGGCUGUCUCCCCCAACAAAUUCACCAUCGAGGAUUCCUACGACAUUCAGGCUCUCUUGGAGUCGAUGGAUUUCCUGAACGUGAUGACCUACGACUACCACGGGGCAUGGGAGAACUUCACUCAUCACAACGCACCGCUCUACGGACACCCGAUGGACGAGGGGAAUUUCACCUACUUCAACGUUGAAGCCACGGUGGACUUCUGGCUGGGACUGGGCGUGCACAAGGAAUUCAUCAACAUGGGGAUGCCCCUCUACGGCAGGGGCUUCACCGUCUACGACCCGAGCGAGGGGACGGACAUCUACUCCGACUCCUUCGCCCCCAGCGAUGCAGGGCCCUACACACGGAUACCGGGCACCCUCGGCUACAACGAGAUCUGCGAGAUGCAGGACGAUCUAGGGGACGACUUCCAAAGGGUCUGGGUCGAGUCCAUCAAGGCCCCAUACGUGGUCUACAAAGAAGAUCAAUGGAUGAGCUACGACGACCUCGAGUCCUUCAAAUACAAGCUGGACUUCCUGGAAGAACGACAGCUGGGCGGAGGCAUGGUCUGGUCCAUCGAGACGGACGACUUCCGGGGCAAAUGCAGUGGGUCCGGGGACAAGAAUCCCUUGAUCCGCUAUGCCUCCUCUCGGCUCGGGGUCCCCACCCCGCCGACCACAACCCCGCAUCCGACCGAAGCGGCCUGGUGUCCGUCGGAGGGAUUCCACCCAUCGGCGCCCUGCAGCGGGGAUUACGUGUACUGUCAGCUGGGCCCCAACGGGGAAUGGAUCAUCACCGAAUUCAAGUGCCCCGAAGGUCUCAUCUUCAACCCGGAAAAUGCGGCCUGUGACUACGAGGACCAGGUCCCUGGAAUGAAGGUGCUGUGGAUGCUGGUGGCCGCGUGCCUGGCGGCGGGCGUGGGCGGUCAGCGGCGACCCAUCCCCCGCCUCCCCUCCUACGAGAAGAUCUGCCAGCACCUCCAGGACCCGGAGUUCGUCCAGAAGCAGGUGCAGUGCGCCAACGGGUCCCGCCAAGCCUGCAAUCCUGUCUCUCAGUUCCUGCGAGCCUCGAUCCCUGCGGCGAUGGGUCGGAGCCGCUGCUCCUUCUGCAGCGCCGACGACCUCCACAAGACCAAGUUCAUCAUGGCCGAGAUGCAGCGCCUCUACCCGAGGCAGUACCGCGACCUCAUACUCAAGUACGGCACGGGCAACACGCGGCUCAGGAGGCAGGCUACUGCGCCGCUCACGUGCCAGCAGGUGCUCUGAUGGGGUCGGCCAAUUGGCAGCCGAUUGGCUGCCGCUUGACUGUUUGUUUCGCGGGUUUGACUCGGGUCAACGCUGUUCGUUUGUGUGAUUUGACAUUUUUGACGCAACAAUGUUUCUGUCUCCGA